GGCUGGACUUGUUGAGUAUGUUAGUCGACAGAACAUUUCCGAAAUGAACACUACUCCUCCACUAAUUGUGGAUGCACACUUAAUGAGUUACGCAGACUCACCCAUCAUUUUUCUAAGAAAAACCAAAAAAAAAAAACCAACCAUGUCUCUUUACCAAUUUACCCUUUAAACUAACUAAAAAUGAAACGAAACAUCUAUAAACAAAUCAAAAGAUCCAUGUCAAAAAUUUACCACCCAUGUCAAAAACGAUUAGAAUUGCUUUACAAAUGUCAAAAGACUCCAAUCAUUUGGACUCUCUAACCAAAACAUUCUUAAUACUGAUAUUUCUAGAGCGAGAGAAUGCAAACUUGAGUAGAAUUGAAGCGCGAGAGAAGACAAACAAUGGAGAGCAGUAUAUGGAUAGCUACGGUAGCGAGCAUUUGGAUCCAGUGCAGCAGCGGCGCAUCGUACGCCUUCGGCAUCUACUCCUCCGUCCUCAAAUCAUCCCAAGGAUACGACCAGUCCACGCUCGACACUGUCUCCGUCUUCAAGGACAUCGGAGCCAACGUCGGCGUCCUCUCCGGUCUACUCUACACCGCCGUCUCCGCUCCCCGCAGCCGACGCCGCUCUCCCAUCUCCGUUGGGCCCUGGCUGGUCCACGUGGCGGGGGCGAUCCAGUGCUUCGCGGGCUACUUCUUUAUAUGGCUUGCGGUGAUCGGAGCCGUCCACACGCCUCCGGUGUCCGUCAUGUGCAUCUUCAUGCUGAUUGCGGCCCACGCUCAGACGUUCUUCAACACCGCCAAUGUCGUCACCGCCGUCCGGAACUUCCCUGAUUACGGUGGCACCAUUGUCGGCAUCAUGAAGGGCUUUCUUGGUCUGAGUGGAGCAGUACUAAUACAAGUGUAUCAGUCAUUAUUCAAGGGCAAUCCUAGUAUUUUCAUACUUAUGCUUGCGUUGUUGCCAACUCUUGUCUCCUUAUUGUUCAUGUGUUUGGUGAGAACCUAUGAGAUAAGAAGUUUACAUGAUAAGAAGCAUCUGAAUGGUUUGUCAGUGGUUGCUCUGGUUGUUGCCGCAUAUCUCAUGAUCUUAAUAAUCUUGGAAAAUGUCUUCACAUUGCCGUUUUGGGUGCGCGUUCUUACAUUUGUAGUGCUUCUGCUUCUGCUUGUUUCACCUCUUAGAAUUGCAAUUCAAGCCCAAAGAGAGGACUCAUGGAGACUUUCACAAACCUUGUCCACUGAGAGGAGCCCAUUAAUAGAUGACCCUGAGUCAACGGAGUCCAAGAAGUUUUCUGAAGCAGAGGUUCCAACACAUUAUCAUGACAGGCCUGCUGAUUCUUCUCACGAGAAGGCCACAUCCAGUGAUACCAUGCUGCAAAUUGGAGGUGAAAUGACUCUCUUACAAGCCAUGUCGACCAUUAAUUUCUGGUUGUUGUUUGUCGCUAUGGUGUGUGGAAUGGGCUCUGGAUUGGCCACAAUAAACAACAUUAGUCAAAUAGGAGAAUCUCUCGGUUACAAAACCGUGGAGAAAAAUACAUUGGUUUCUUUAUGGAGUAUAUGGAAUUUUCUUGGUCGUUUUGGAGCUGGUUAUUUAUCGGAUAUUUUCCUGCACAAAAAGGGCUGGGCAAGGCCAUUGUUGAUGGCCAUCACUCUUGCAACUAUGACUGCUGGCCAUAUAGUUAUUGCUUCUGGUUUUUCUGGCAAUUUGUAUGUUGGUUCAGUACUAGUGGGUGUUUGUUAUGGUUCACAAUGGUCAUUGAUGCCCACCAUUACUUCCGAAAUAUUCGGUGUACUGCAUAUGGGUACUAUUUUCAACACCAUUGCCAUAGGUAGUCCUGUUGGAUCUUAUAUACUCUCUGUGAGAGUAAUUGGUUAUAUUUAUGACAAAGAAGCCUCAGGCAAAGGGAAUUCAUGCUACGGCACUCACUGUUUCAUGUUAUCUUUCUUUAUCUUGGCAUCUGUUAGUUUUUUCGGAUUUUUAGUUGCCUUGAUCUUGUUUUUCCGGACAAGAAGGUUCUAUACGAUGGUAGUGCUUGAACGCAUACGACAUUCUGCAGGACACUCUGAAGGAAAUACAUGACUUGUUUGUCCAAGGCAAAAACUGAGGCAAAGCUCAUUUUCUGGCUGUAAGCAAUCUCUAUUGUCAUACAUAAAAAAUAAUAAUAAAAAGAUUCUUUUGUUUGAUUGUAAA